CACCAACUUUCAAAUAUUGGUCAUUUUAAACUUCAUAUUUUGUUGACUCGGUCAUUUACGAGCUCCGAAUAGUCAACCGUUAAAUUUGAUUAAAAAUAAAUGCAUGUUAACUCUCUAAACGACAUCAUUUUAAAAAUUGAUUAAAACAUUGAUCAACCGAGGUUUUGUUUUCUUCUGAAACACUUAAAACAUCUCUUUCACGAGACCAAAGUGAAGAAGAUGAAUUUGAUUUGGGGCUCUAGUUUUGCGAAAGAGAUGAUUUGAGUGUUUCCAGAAGCAAAAAGACGUCAUUUAAUCAAUGUUUUAAUCAGUUUUAUAAAAAUAAUAUUGUUUAGAUAGUUAAUAGACGUUUAGUUUUAAUUGAUUUUAACAGUUGACUAUUCGGGUUUCUUAAACGGCCGAGUCAACAAAAUAUGAGAAUUAAAAUGACCAAUAUUUGAAAGUUGAUGAUUUUUUUGGCUCAAACAUAAGUUGAAGAUUUUUUUGGCUUUAAUUUGAAAGUUCAAGGUUUUAAUGGCUGUUUUCUCAUUUUCCUUAAUUAGUUACAACACUGGCAAAAGAGUCAUGGUAUUAAUUAAGAGAUUAAUAAAAUUGACUUUGAUUAUUUUUCUUUUAGCUAUACGUAGAUAAACGUCCUACGAAUAAUAUAACUUAGAAACCCUAAGCGUUCCUUGUGCUCUAAGCAUGGUGGGUUGCGAUUGUAUCAGCGAGAUGCCAGAUUCUUUGCUAACUCAUAUACUCUCGUACCUUCCGACCAAAGAUGCCGUUAAGACAAGUGUUUUGUCUAAGAGCUGGAGAUUUUUCUGGCUAGAGGUCACUUCAGAACUGGACUUAAACGCCGCUGACUUCCUCCGUUUCGAAGACGACUCCUCCUUGGUGAGUUUAUUGAACAACAGAUCGUUCCUACGAAAGUUCAAGAUCAAGUAUGAUGACUCUUCCCUAAGAAUAAAAAGAAAGCGUGGUAGUGAUUAUUCGAAAAAGGUUAACAACACUGGCAAAAGAGUCAUGGAGUGGGUAGCUGAAGCGGUUCAUCGCGGAGUUGAACACCUAGACGUAGUAAACGAGACGUAUAUACGACGUGCUGUUGAUUUCAUGCCUAAGUAUCUUUACGUGAGCAAGACGUUAGUGUCUCUGAGUCUCGUAAACGUAGGGCUUGAGGAUCCCAAGUUUGAAGUUUCUCUACCUUGUCUCAAGAGUAUAUAUCUAGACAACGUUUGUUACAUGGGAGAUGAUGCUCUUGUGAUUAUGGAGAGGCUCAUCUCAGGGUCUCCCGUGUUGAAAACUCUUACCACGGACGUUCCUGUUUUAAAUAAGAAGCCACAGCAAACUGUCUUCAGAGAGGCGCCUUGGUGUUUGGAGUAUGUCAAGAUCAACAAACUGACAAUGAAGGAGGAGCACUAUGGGAUUAAACUAGUAAACUACUUUCUCGAGAGCUCGCCAGCCUUCAGGAAAAUGACAUCGAGCUUCAUAGGUUCCCGUAAUCAACCAAGGGAAUCUGGGAUUGAAAUUGUAAAUUACUUUCUUGAGAAUUCGGCAGCGCUCAAGAAAAUGACAUUGAGUUUCAGAGAUUCUGAUAUGACUGAUGAAGAGGCAGAGAGCUACAAGAAGCUUCUUACAUCCACAAAGCUUUCUCCCAUGUGUCAAAUCUCUUUGUCUAUUUCACAUGAGUAAAUAUAUCUUUCAUGAAAAGUGCAGUUAGGCUUACUUUUUGAUAAAUAAAAAAGGCUUUCUAGGUUCAAGGCAAGACACAUAGAGUCUAUCUAUUGGAUGAUAAUGUACAUUCUAUAUGGAUUAUUUAUAGUCACAAAUAUCAUGAAUGAAUGAUUUGUUUAUGAGUUUUGUGAAAAUGAAAUCUGCAAGCUCUCUCAAAACUCAAAAGACAUCUGUAGAUAAAAUAAAAUAAAAAGAACUCCCUAAAAAAGGAAAACAAAAGACAAUCAUGAUUCCUGAACUAAGUAAAAACCAAUUCACUAAUAAAUAGAAGA